GGCGGGUGCAGGGGCACGCGCUGCGUCCCGGCGUUCUGCUCCCCUCCGCCGGUCCCGCCCUCCGUCGCGGCGGCGCGGUGCACCCUGGGAUAGGGAGCGAUCUCCGAGCGAGGCAGCAAGAUGGACGCGGGAUUCUUCCGCGGAACAAGUGCAGAACAGGAUAAUCGGUUCAGCAACAAACAGAAGAAACUACUGAAGCAGCUGAAAUUUGCAGAAUGCCUAGAAAAAAAGGUGGACAUGAGCAAAGUAAAUUUGGAGGUUAUAAAGCCUUGGAUAACAAAACGAGUAACAGAAAUCCUUGGAUUUGAAGAUGAUGUUGUGAUUGAGUUUAUAUUCAACCAGCUGGAAGUGAAGAAUCCAGACUCCAAAAUGAUGCAAAUCAACCUGACUGGAUUUUUGAAUGGGAAAAACGCUAGAGAAUUUAUGGGAGAGCUUUGGCCCCUACUGUUAAGUGCACAAGAAAACAUCGCUGGAAUCCCUUCUGCUUUCCUAGAACUUAAGAAAGAAGAAAUAAAACAGAGACAGAUUGAACAAGAAAAAUUGGCAUCUAUGAAAAAACAAGAUGAAGACAAAGAUAAGAGGGAUAAGGAAGAAAAAGAAAGCAGCAGAGAAAAAAGAGAGAGGUCUCGAAGCCCAAGAAGACGCAAAUCCAGAUCUCCUUCCCCUAGAAGACGGUCUUCCCCUGUCAGGAGAGAGAGAAAGCGCAGUCAUUCUCGAUCUCCCCGUCACAGAACCAAGAGCCGGAGUCCUUCCCCUGCUCCAGAAAAGAAGGAAAAAACUCCAGAGCUCCCAGAACCUUCAGUGAAAGUAAAAGAACCUUCAGUACAAGAGGCCACAUCUACAAGUGACAUCUUGAAAGUUCCCAAGCCUGAACCUAUACCAGAGCCUAAAGAACCUUCUCCUGAAAAAAAUUCCAAAAAAGAAAAGGAAAAGGAAAAGACUCGACCAAGAUCUCGGUCACGUUCCAAAUCAAGAUCACGGACACGUUCUCGGUCUCCUUCUCAUACUCGCCCAAGACGGCGCCAUAGAUCCCGAUCAAGAUCCUAUUCGCCCAGAAGGCGGCCAAGCCCAAGAAGGCGGCCAUCUCCUCGAAGAAGAACUCCACCGAGACGAAUGCCUCCUCCACCAAGGCAUCGAAGGAGUAGAUCUCCUGUUAGGCGAAGAAGGCGUUCAUCAGCAUCCUUGUCUGGGAGUAGCUCAUCAUCCUCUUCAUCUCGUUCCCGGUCACCGCCAAAGAAGCCUCCCAAGAGGACAUCUAGCCCCCCUCGAAAAACUCGUAGGUUAUCUCCUUCAGCAAGUCCUCCUCGGAGAAGACACAGGCCAUCACCUCCAGCAACUCCUCCACCAAAAACUCGUCAUUCCCCAACACCCCAGCAGUCAAAUCGUACAAGAAAAAGUCGUGUUUCUGUGUCUCCAGGGAGAACUUCAGGUAAAGUGACAAAACAUAAAGGUACUGAGAAAAGAGAGUCACCUUCACCAGCACCAAAGCCUAGGAAAGUAGAGUUAUCUGAAUCAGAAGAAGAUAAAGGUGGCAAAAUGGCUGCAGCAGAUUCUGUGCAGCAGAGACGCCAAUACAGACGACAGAACCAGCAGUCUUCUUCUGACUCUGGCUCCUCCUCCUCUUCAGAAGAUGAGCAACCCAAGAGAUCACAUGUGAAGAAUGGCGAGGUAGGCAGGCGGCGGAGACAUUCCCCUUCUCGCAGUGCCUCUCCUUCACCACGGAAGCGCCAAAAAGAGACCUCUCCUCGGAUGCAGAUGGGAAAGCGAUGGCAAUCGCCAGUGACUAAAAGUGGUAGACGGAGGAGAAGUCCCUCCCCACCACCCGCCCGAAGGCGACGCUCUCCUUCUCCCGCUCCUCCUCCUCGGCGGCGCAGAUCUCCCACACCACCACCACGGCGAAGGACUCCUUCUCCUCCCCCUCGUCGGCGCUCACCUUCCCCAAGAAGAUACUCUCCUCCAAUACAGAGGAGAUACUCUCCUUCUCCACCUCCAAAGAGAAGAACAGCCUCUCCUCCACCUCCUCCUAAACGAAGGGCAUCUCCAUCUCCACCACCAAAGCGCCGGGUCUCCCAUUCUCCUCCUCCCAAACAGAGGAGCUCUCCAGUCGCCAAGAGACGUUCGCCUUCUUUAUCAUCAAAGCAUAGGAAAGGGUCUUCCCCAAGCCGCUCUACCCGGGAGGCUCGGUCGCCACAACCAAACAAAAGGCAUUCUCCCUCGCCACGGCCUCGAGCUCCUCAGACAUCUUCAAGUCCUCCACCUGUUCGACGAGGAACAUCAGCAUCACCCCAAAGAAGGCAGUCCCCAUCUCCAAGUACUAGGCCCAUUAGGAGAGUCUCCAGGACUCCAGAACCUAAAAAGACAAAAAAGGCUGCCUCACCAAGCCCACAGUCCAUAAGAAGGGUCUCAUCCUCCCGAUCUGUCUCUGGAUCUCCUGAACCAGCAGCUAAAAAGCCCCCAGCACCUCCAUCCCCUGUCCAGUCUCAGUCACCCUCAACAAACUGGUCACCAGCGGUACCGGUCAAAAAGGCUAAAAGCCCAACACCGAGCCCAUCGCCAGCCAGGAAUUCAGAUCAAGAAGGAGGUGGAAAGAAAAAGAAGAAAAAGAAGGACAAGAAACACAAAAAGGAUAAGAAACACAAGAAGCACAAAAAACACAAGAAGGAAAAGGCAAUGGCCGCAGCUGCUGCUGCGCCUGUGACCCCUGCAGCCAUUGCCGCCGCCACAACCACGUCAGCACAGGAGGAACCCGAGGCAGCACCGGAGCCCAAGAAGGAGACUGAAAGUGAAGCUGAAGAUAACCUUGAUGACUUAGAAAAGCACCUGCGAGAAAAAGCCCUGAGGUCCAUGCGGAAGGCUCAAGUGUCCCCUCAGUCUUAGGUGGAAAUGUUUGUUACGAUGUAAAUUUUAUUUGGUUUGUACUCAAUUCAAUUUCAAAAUUGCUAAAAUGUGUUUGAGCUUUAGACUAUAACAUUUGUUGUAAUAAUUGCUAGGUUGAAGUUCACCAUGUUUAAAAAAAAAGGGCAUGGAUUUACAUUGCAAAAGGUGUCCACAGUGUAUUAGUGACAUUCUUUCAUUGACAGCUGACAUAAAUUCAUUUAGAGUGAAAUAUUUUAAGCCAAAAAUAAUCCCUUUUUUAAAAAAGGGGGUUUAAGUAUUGUUGGCAUUCUCAUGGUUCCUCUACACUCUCCUGGCUGUUCCCACAGGUUUGUUUUUUUGUUUUUCUUUUUUUUUUCGCCCUCUCUUUUUUCUUUACUUUUUCUCAUUUGGCUAUUACCACCAUUUAAGUUAUGCUGCCAACCUUGUAUGGUUUGUAAGCUUUCCCAGAAAUAAGACCACUGCUGAACUACCACAAAAGUAUAAAUGAACAUUUUAAUGCCACAAUCUUUCCUGUUGCCUGUGGAGCUUUUGCUGAAAUGAAUCAGGAUUCGAGCUCUAGAAUGAGACAGAAAAAUGAACGCAUGCUGUUCGCCAGGACACUGGGUUUAUAGUAAUGUUACAAGUUGAUUCGGAACACUGGAAUUUCAUCCUACUCUGUUCUUUUUGAUUUUUCUCUUUUCAUCUCCCCCGCCCCUUUUGUAAAGGCAGUUAAAUAGUCCCUGGAAGGAUCCUUCAGUUAACCUAAAAUUUUGUUUUAUAAAAUGUCACAGCUCCAUUCAUAUUUUUGUCUUGUUCUUCCAAUUGGUAUAUACAACUUUCAGAGCUCUUGUAUUUGGAAGGCUGGAAGGGCCCAGACUUUGAAAAUAGUGUCUUGGUUUCACUGUUUUUGUUUCUCUCUCUCUUUUUUUUUUUU